AUGGUACUUAAAUUUAACCAUGCAUUUGUUUUGCAAAAAUUAUCGACGCAAAGACUUCGUGAUGAUAAGUCAUCUUUGGAAAUGGUAACUGGUGCUGUGAAUGAUUUACGAACAGCUGCAAGAAUUUUCGAAUAUAUAUCGCGAAAUAAAGAUGAUACCAUGGGUCAAGCACGACUUGUUAGCCGGACGGUUUCUGCUCAUGAAGCUCGGGCAUGUUAUGAUUUUCUCACGCAAGCACAAACGUAUCUUCAACGGGCCAAAGCUCAAGAUGAAGAAGAUCAACGACAGCGACAAAGACAAGAAGAGGAGCGUCAGGCAUUGAGAAGACAACAAGAGCAGGAAGUUAAGGAACGUGAAGAGAAAGCAAGAAAAGAACUGGAAGCUUUGAAACAAAUGCGGCAGGAAUACGUUGAAAAGACGAAGGAAAUACUGAGAUUACCAAAAAUUGUCGAAGAAAAACGUGCUCGGAGAAGUGGCAGUGUUAAACGUCGUAAAGAUCGUGAGGGAGAUGAAUUUGUCAAUGAUGAUAGUGACUUAGGUGACUGGAAAUCAAGUGAAGGAGGAGAGACGCGGAAAAAGAAAGAAAAAAGAGGGCGCAAAAAACGUGAUCGUCGUGAGGUUUCAAGUGCUGGAAGCGGAGGAGAAUUGGAUGAAGCAGAGCGCCGUCAUCGUCGAGAAAACCGGAAAUCAAAGAAAAUGCGUUAUGAUCGUACCGAUUUUGAGAUCAGUGCUAAACAGAAAAUGAAAGUAAAAAGUCGUGAAUUUGUGCAGUCAGAUGAAUCGAGCUCGGAUGAAGACAUUGUUAGAUCGAAAUCACAAAUUCAAGAUCUUAGCGAUGAUGCUACUUCAUCUGUAAAUCGUCAAAUAACAAGAAGUGAUAGUAACGAUGAAGAUAGUACGCGACAGGUCGAGACCGAUGAUGAUAGCGAUGGCGACCAUCCAAAGAUAAAGCGUCGUGCAGCUCGCAGCACUUCGGAUCAAAUUGAUAGUAGCAGUUCGUCAGAAGAUCGAGCUCGCUCACCUAGUGAAAGCAAUAGCGACAGUCAAGUUCAAGAAACACCGGUUAAAGCAGUGAGGAGAAGGCGAAUCCUUUCAUCAGACGAGGAAUCUGAGAAAAAUGUAGACAUUGGUGAAAUCAAUGAAGAAAAUAAAGAUAAUGACGAUGAAGAAGGUGGUUUCGAGAUUGGUGAUGAUGACUGA